AUGGUCUUCUGUCUGGAGAACGAGAAGCCGCGCAGUCCGCCUCCAAGCGCCAUGGCUCACUUCCAGGCGUCGGAAGUCCAGCAACUGCUGCACAACAAGUUCGUCGUCAUCUUGGGGGACUCUAUCCAGCGGUCUGUGUAUAAGGACCUUGUGCUCUUGCUCCAAAGAGACUCCCUGCUCACAGCUGCCCAGCUGAAAACCAAGGGGGAAUUGAGUUUCGAACAGGACCAGCUGGUGGCCGGGGGUCAGCUGGGUGAGCUGCACAAUGGCACACAGUACCGCGAGGUCCGCCAGUUUUGCUCCGGUUCUGGCCACCACCUCGUGCGCUUCUACUUCCUCACUCGAGUUUACUCCGAGUAUCUGGAGGACAUCCUGGAGGAGCUGACGUAUGGGCCUACCCCGGACUUGGUGAUCAUCAACUCCUGCCUUUGGGAUCUUUCCAGGUAUGGCCGCUACUCCAUGGAGAGCUACAGGGAGAACCUGGAGCGGGUGUUCGUGCGCAUGGACCAGGUGUUACCAGACUCCUGCCUGCUGGUGUGGAACAUGGCUAUGCCUCUUGGGGAACGUGUCACGGGGGGCUUCCUCCUGCCAGAGCUCCAGCCCCUGGCAGCCUCUCUGCGGCGAGAUGUAGUUGAAGGGAACUUCUAUAGUGCCACGCUAGCGGGGGGCUACUGCUUCGACGUCCUGGAUCUCCACUUUCAUUUCCGUCACGCAGUGCGGCACCGUCACCGGGAUGGUGUCCACUGGGACCAGAUUGCCCACCGCCACCUCUCGCAUCUGCUUCUGACCCACGUGGCUGAUGCCUGGGGUGUGGAGCUGCCUAAGCGAAACUAUCUCCCUGACCCAUGGAUGGAGGACUGGCUGCAGAUGGAUCGUCCGUUCCGGGAAAUCUGUAGACAGCCCCUAAAUCUUGGGAAUCAGAUGGCCUUGUGCCCACCUCUCCCCUCUCCUAUGGCUUUUCCUUGCCGCUUUCCUCAGCCCCUAUCACCUCCCAUGUUCCCACCGCUGCCCCAGGAUGCCCCUUUUUACCCACACCAGCCCUUCCCACCUCGAGACUGCUUUGAUUACGAUCCAGUGAAGGACUUCUCGAGGCUACCCAACUCAGGACGUGACUGUGGAGUGAACUUUGGUCCUCUGCCACCUCCAAUCCCUGGUCCUGUCUCCCAUGGUCAGCACAGGAGCCUAGUGAUCCACCAGAGGAUACCACGCUAUAUUCCCUAUAGCCCCUAUCCUGUGUCAAGGAUGGGGGUUCCCUGUAGGAAGCGGCCCAGACACCUGACGAGACUUGUCCGCACCUACAAACAGGAGGGACAGCCCCCUGCCCAUUUAGGGACAUGGCCUGGGUAG